AUGGCAAAAAAACCAAGCAUGGGUCGUCAAAAGAUUAAAAUUGCCAAGAUAGAGGUCAAGAAUCACCUCCAAGUUACCUUCUCAAAACGUCGUUCUGGUCUUUUCAAAAAAGCCAGUGAACUAUGCACACUAUGUGGUGUUGAAAUAGCCAUCAUAGUUUUUUCUCCAGCGAGAAAAGUUUUUUCUUUUGGUCACCCUAAUGUUGAGUCCAUUAUUGAUAGAUUCCUCACGAGAAAUAAUUCUAAUAAUAAUCCAAUCGCGAAUAAUUCAGUUCAACUUGUUGAGGCUCAUCGAAAUGCUAGUGUUCGUGGGCUCAAUUUACAACUUACUCAAAUUCUUGGUGAGGUUGAAAUUGAGAAGAAAAGAGGAGAAUCACUUGAUCAAAUGAGGAAAACAAGUCAAAGCCAAUAUUGGUGGGAAGCUCCUAUAAGUCAACUUGAUUUGCAAGAACUUGAACAAUUAAAGGAUUCAAUGGAGGUUUUGAAAAAAAAUGUGACUAAUCAAGCAAACAAGUUUAUGGUUAAUGAGACUGCUAAUCCUUCUUUUUUUGGUGUUAAUGGUAAUGGGAUUUUUGACAAUUAUGAUAUCAAGCCACCUAGAAACAUGGUUGCUUCAAAUAAUCCUCAUAACCAUAACCUUGGUUUUGAUUCAGCCGCAUUUUUUUAA